GUCGCAGACCCCCGCGAUGGCGCUCCCGCUCCGCCUCCUCGGCCGCCGCGGCCGCCUCCCGCCGCCGCUCGCCGCCCUCGCCCACCUCUCUGCCGCCUCGCCGCACCGGGGCCCCACUCACGAGCCGCCCUCUCCUGCCCCUCCGCAUCGUUUCCCAGCUCCCGCCCCCCCUUUCGCCGUGCCCGCGCGGUGCUUCUCCUGGUACUCCCGCCCCCCCGCCCCCGCCCCCGCCGCGGCCGAGGAGGCCCCGGCUGACGAGGGCGGGAGCGCCGACAAGGAGUUCGUCUACUUGAACGAUGCGAGCACCGUCGAUUACGGGAAAGAGCUCGCCGACGCGGCAGAUGGCGCGGCGGAUGCUGCCGUCGGGGUGGCCGCCGGUGGCAAUGGAGGCGGCCUGUCGGGGUUCGCUAUGGACUCGCUGGUCGGCGUCCUCGACGGGUUCCAUAACCUCACCGGUCUGCCAUGGUGGUUAACAAUCUCCGCCUCCACUGUGGCCAUGCGGCUAAUCAUACUCCCUACCCUGAUAGUACAACUUCAGAAGACCGCUAAAAUCGGCCAACUUUUUCAAAAAUUGCCCCCUCCAUUGCCUCCUCCCCUAUCAGGAAGGAGUUAUCGUGACCAAUACUCUCUUUUCCGGAAGAAAAGGCAAGAGCUUGGUUGCCCCUCCUUUCUUUGGAAUUUCGCCUACUUUGCAGUUCAGUUCCCUUGCUUUAUACUGUGGAUGGCAAGCAUCCGGAGUAUGUGCCUCAGUAAUCACCCUGGAUUAGAUAAUGGCGGUAUUCUGUGGUUUAAUAACUUGACCGAGUUUCCACAUGGUGCUUUAGGUCCUGUUUUUCCUAUCUUAGUUGCUGGGCUCCAUUAUUUAAAUGUCCAGAUUUCCUUCCAGAAAAGCCAGGCAAAGCAUUACCCUGGAGUUUUAGGUUUAUUAGCAAAGUACUACAGGAUUUACCUUGAUAUUAUGGCUAUUCCUUUGUUUCUUAUCGCGUAUGUGGUCCCUCAGGGGAGCCUGGUCUACUGGACUACCAAUGGUUUAUUUCACGUAGCACAGCAAUUGUCCCUCAGAAAUGAUACUGUGUGCAAGAUGUUGGGAUUGCCUGACACUGGAGCUCUCGCUGGUAAUACAUCGCCAAAAUCUCUUCACGAGGGUCAGAAGAUAAUGCAGCGGUGGCCCCUUGGAGAUUCUCACAUGCAAUCAAAAUUGGGAUCGUCUACAACUCCGAAGUUUAUGUUUGAGGAUAGUAAAAUAAUGGAUGAAAAUGUAUCUGCUGAGUCCAGUUCACCUGAGGAGCUUCUUGAACAAGCAUUACAAUAUUUGGGAACUGGCUGCCAAGAUCAAGCUGUUCCACUUAUCAGAACAGCAAUAGAGAAAAACCCAGAUCUACAUGUAGCUUUGAUUGGAAUGGGACAAACCUUGUUCUCAAAUAAGUUGUUUCCUGAAGCCUCAUUGUGUUUUGAACAUGCUAUACCAAAGAUCGAAGAACAGGAUCCUCUUCUUGUGCUUGCAUACUUUAGUGCAGGUCUUUCACGUAAAAGUCAGGGCGAUAAGGAGACGGCAAUCAAGCUCCUGCAAAGACUAACACAGCUCAAGGAACCAGAACAAAUGAUGAACAAAGCGUGCUAUUUCAAAGGCUUUAUUGCUCUAGGAAGUAUACUAUUGAAUGAAGGUCGGAAAUCCGAGGCUGCAAAAUACCUGCAAGUGGCUAUUGCUUAUGAUCCUGGUGUUGAGAGAUUUUUGAAGGAGUGUGAGGAAGCAAUGGAAGAUCAAUCAAGUCAGCAGAGCACUGAGCCACCAGACCUUAAAGGACCAUAAGACACAGUACAAUAUACUGUUCACAAGUUUUGCUCGGCAGUUUAACUGCGUUUUCCUACUCGGCAUGUUCAGUUUCAUCCUUGUAGUACAUUUAGAAGAUGUUUGAAAUCAGAUAGCGGCGAUGGUCUAAUAUACCCUGAAUCGCUUGGAAGUAUUGGGAUAAUAUAGGCGCUUCAAACUUUGUAGGGUAACUAUUCGCGGCACAGAUGUAGCCAACGAUUGUGUUAUUAUGAUACUAGACAUUAUGGUGUUAUAUAGUUUUGCGUGGAUGGUCUUGGAAUCGCGGCAACAAACUAUAAUGAAUCUGUAACAGAGAUGAUCUUGGAAUCAGCUGCUAAAAAGUGCACUGUGUAAAUGAGUUGAA